AUGAAUUUACUCCUGUCUUUAGACAUUGAUGAGUGUUCUAACGGUCAAAAUCUGUGUCGUCCAAAUACUACAUGUCUUAAUAGCCCUGGCAGUUAUAGCUGCCCCUGUAUCACAGGUUAUACCGUUACUCUUUCCAGAAAUACAUGCGAAGGUAAGGAAGUAACAUUGUGAAGAGCUAUUGGAAAAAAUAAACGAUGGAAUGAGUUCACAAUUUGUAUAAAUGUCCAUGCAUAACGCAGGAAAUCCUUUCGAGUCAAGGGCUCUUAUUAAGGCUAUUAUAUUAUGCGUACGUGGAUCCACUAACUGAGCAUCAGAAGACUUUUUACCUUUUCAAAACUUACAUCAAACAGCAACGGACUGGCUUGCUGAAGAACCCCUGCCAGAUAUAUUUUAUUUUUGACAGAUAUUGAUGAAUGCAGUCCAAGCAGCGGUAUCGCGCACGGCUGCCAGAUGAAGUGUAAUAAUUUACCUGGAGGUUAUAGCUGCAGUUGUUACAAUGGAUAUUAUAUUACAUCCAACGGAAGGGAAUGUUCAGGUAAAAAAUAAAACCAAAUAACAACGAAGUUUUGUAAAUAUUUGCUAAGAUCAUUAGUUGAUAUAUUGAUAUGUAGAAGAUCAAAAUGUUCAAAAGGUUCAAUGUUAAAAUACUGUGCAACUCAAAAUGUGAAAUUGGAUUUUACACUUUAAAUAAUUGAGCUGGCUAAAAAGAGUAAUUUAUUGAUUACUUCAAAUUGAUUGCGAUCACACCACACGAAAUUUGAAUUGUGUCUAUUGAAUGUUUGUUUAAGAGUGAGUUUAAAUUUAACCAACGAGUAAGAUAAACAUAUGACAUCAAGUGCAUGUACCGAAAACGGGAUUAUAAGCAAAUUAUGAAAUGGCGAUUUUAUAGGAAGGUUUAGGUAAUUAAAAGUAUAACACCCCAAAUAUAUCACCAAUAUAUGGAUGAAUGGUACCAACUAUUAUAAGUGAAACAAUCAUCAUCGUUUACAUUGACUGCAUGUUCCUUUAAAUUAUAGCUGUUCGAAAGCAUUCAAAUUAUAAUCUUUUGAACAGUAGGUAUUUAGUUUAUCACCACCUACGAGAACCCAUAAUGGUCGAAUUGAGAGGAACUUUUGCGGAAAACAUGGGCAACCAAAGUAUGAAAAUGUUUCAUUUUUCCACUUCGUAAUCUAGAAAAGACAAGUUUUGUAGUCAAUUGUACGAUAUGCAGAAGCAACGCAAGUAACCAUUUUUAACUUUUAAAUUAAGCUAGCAUGACCUCAAUGUGCGCUCAGCGAUUUCCAGACAUGUAUUGUAUUACUUUGCUGUGCGUCUUGGGUUAAACUGUUCAUAUUCUACUGGAAUGCUUAAAAUUGGUUAACCUUUUUUCGUAAGUUUAUUUCCAUACCUGCAUGUGUACGUACAAUGCAGGUAUCUUGACAUGGACUGUACCGUAGUUUUUUCUCAUUAGAUCAUGAUGAAUGCGAAGGAAAUGCACAUGGCUGUGAGCAACGGUGCUUGAAUUUACCUGGCGGUUACAAGUGUGCUUGUUCAUUUGGGUACAAAUUAAAUGACAAAGAUUUGAAGACAUGUGAUGGUAGUAUAGAAAUUGAAUACUGAUGAUGAUACCUAUAUAUACCUAAUAUGAAUACUGUUAAUGAUACCUAUAAAUAUGUUGCCGAUUUUAAUUUAAAUUAAACUGUGAAAUGCAGUGAGCGUGCGCAUAACGGCUAAAGACAUUUAUGUAUAUAUUCCUGUAGUGUUCCGCAUCCAUAACGUUUUCUUCUAUAGUUCAGCUUUUUCAGAUGUGGAAUCUCGUCGUUCGUUGCACUGUGCUGGCGAGCUCCCGAAUGGACGAAUCAACUGUGUUGCCGUUGCGCUACGUCACUGACAUUUCUCAGUGUCCAAAAGGUUUUUAUUCGAAAUCUUUCGGUAAAUGUAACUGUGUUCCCAUUACAGAUAUCAAUGAAUGUUCCGAGAAUAUAUCUGGAUGCGCUCAAAAUUGUGAAAACACGGUCGGUGGGUUGAAAUGUUCCUGUAAACAAGGAUAUCGCCUAGGGAAGGAUUUAAAAUCUUGCUUUGGUAAGUUUGUAGGAAACAACAAAAGAAACUUUAUUUACUGUCGUAACUUGUUUACGUAAUGGAUAAACCGUGGCAUUCGUAUGCAACUAGGGAUCCUGAUUCUAUUUUCCAUUCACAUACCUGAUCGAUCUUGCCUUGAAUAAAGAAUAUUGUAGAUUACACUUUAUUUAUAAUAUGGUUUUUGGUAAUAUACCACAUAUAUCAUAUUGUGUCUAUGAUGGUUUUGCUAAUAUACCAUAAAUAUAUCUAUCCUAUACACAUUUUAAAAAUGCAAUUCGGUGGGAAAAUUCAUCUCUUUGAGUAUAACAUUUAAUUACUACAGAUAAUACGGUAUACAUCACAUUGUAAUUAGUCGCCAAAAAAUAGUGUGUUAAUAACAAAUAUAAUUUCUGUACAGUCGUUAAUCUAUAUCAAUUUUCCCUAUUCCAAAUAUAAGCGUUCCUUAGGAGGCCCCGUUUACAUGAGGCCGGAACGAAGUCAAACCGGGACCAUUUCCUUUCGGUCAUAGUAUUGUCUAAAAUAGAUGUUUACAUGAGACCGGGACGAAAAUAACACAGACCGGUCUCAAAUCAUUCCGCCUGCUGAACCGAACCGACUGACGUGAGACCGGGAUGAAUGUAAACACAAAUACAUUUCAGACCGAUCUCAGCUGUAACCUCGACAUUGGAACAACAUAUGUUAUACUAACAAAAACCAUCUGAAAAAGAAAAUUGCCUGGCAAGGGAAAUAAAUUGAAAAUUUUGUGAUUUUUGUACCGCGACCUCGUGUAAACAUGUUGAUAAUUUCAAUUUACAUUUUGGAUUGACUUCAUUCCGGUCUCAUGUAAACGGGGAUUAAGUUGCAAAACUUGAGAUAUUUUCAAGCUAUAGAAAUUAUAUAAACGUUUUCAAAAUGCGAUGCAGUGAAAUAUUCACCACAAAACUGUAUGAUAAUUUACCCAAAGCAAUGUUAAUAUAAAAAAUGUAUAUUAUUAUAAUUUAGAAUAUUGAAGAGAAAAGUACAGUUUGUACCUGAGUGUACGGUUUGUACGAGUGCUGGUAGUACCAAAAAUAAGAACGGUGCGGAUUGAAAAAGGAUAUAGUUACAAUCACUGACCACAACAAAAAGAACAAACAAAUAAAUACUGAUUAUGCAUAAUACUGAAUAUAAUAUUGACCACAAUAACUACAACUGAGCACUUUUGAUCCCUGAAAUAUAAAGUAUUGAUCAUUGCAUUACUUCUACGAACGUUAUACGCAAAACCACAGUUAUAGAGGCUAGUGCAUGAAAAUUAGGAUUGUAAAGUUUCAAAAAUGACGCUACGUUGAUGGCCAAAGAUUUAUAGUAAAGAAGACUUUGUUGUAAUAACUCUAAUUAGAGAAUUAUAGCAGUGCAUUGAGACAUUAAUUGUCUUUAGCCCUUUCAUCUUAUUUCUGGUGACGUAAUUGUGAAACAGAUCUUUUAUGUUCACUAAUGUAACUAUAGCACUUCGUAAAUAUGUCAAAUGUAACAAGAUAAAAAGCUAUAAAUCUAAAAUUUAAAUUAGGGAAGUGAAGCUCUAUGUCAAAGACUGAGCUCUUUCUGCAAUAUUUAUUAACGUUCGUUUUCCACCAUUAUUGCACAUUGUCAGGUCUUAAAACUAUAGAACAUCUUCGUCAACCGGGAAAUAUUAUCUAUGUUAGCCAAAGACACACCCUUGACAGCUUUUUCAUGAAAUUACAUUGUUGACCUAGAACUGCUCUCAAACCCCCAAAUAUAAUUAUUGAAAGCAAAUUUACCUAUUUCUGGCAGACAUUGACGAGUGCUCAAAACCAGUUGAUUAUUGUCACCACGAAUGCUUGAACACCCCUGGUAGUUACAGAUGUACGUGCAGGCAGGGAUUUGAUCUACAUCUUGAUGGAAAAAGUUGCAUAGGUAAUUAUCACGUAAUUUUUCAUUAAAAUAAAACGAUUGCCUUUUGGAAGCAAGCGCAGAAUGUUUGCAAAAGAUGGUGCUUCUACCUAAAUUAUUUAAUCAAAUUUCGUCUCAGUGCACAGUAUAUUCCAGAUACUAUUAUAUCCUGAAGAUCUGUUCAAGUCAAGGCAAUAACGGAAUGUCAGCAUCUUCAGAUAACAAGCCCAUUAAAAUAUAAUUGCCUAUCCUUUCUUGCUUAACGCAACAACUAAAGCUUUUUCGUUCGUUUCAAUACCAUUUGAACCAGCGAUCAUCUAUCCAGCGGGUUUUUGUGGUGAACGGUACAGUGUCAGAAAACAACAAAAAAGCUCUUAAAUGUCGUCUUCAUUGUUUUUUUUUAUCAUAGGUCGACCGUGUUUUCCGAUAUACAAACCUGUAAAUGGAAUGAAGAAUUGUUCGGGUUAUAGGACGGAAGAUAGUUGUAAUUUUGACUGCCUGCCUGGAUACGGCUUAAGUGGUUCAAUGGAAAGAACUUGUGGUCCAGACAAACAAUGGACAGGAAAUAUGACGGAAUGCAAAAGUAAAUAGCAUUAAUAGUUGAAUCACAAAUGCUUUUAAAUAUAAUACAUUGUGACAUACUAAUUUUCAUUUAAGUGGUGUAAAUGAUGUUGAAGAUAUUUCUCAUUUUUAGUAAUCCAUUGUAGCAGUCCCAACAAACCGCCCAAUGGUUUUGUUUUCUCGCCAUGUUCCACUCACUAUGGUUCGCAAUGUUCAAUUGGCUGUAAUUAUGGUUAUUAUGCCAAUUCCAAAAUGCUCACUUGUGAUGCAAAUGGUCUCUGGAAGCCAAGCAAUGUUUCCUGCAAAGGUAAAUUAUCAAAAUGUUGUUAAUGUAAUAAGUUAAUAUUAAUAUAAUAAAAUAUUGUGUUAACUGGAGUAAUAUGAAUAACACAAAUGAAAACAUUUAAACUGUUUUUAUUGCAAUAGAAAUACCAUUAUUUUCAUGCCGGGUAUUUCACUUCAUUCAUAGCUAGAAUUAUUAGAUUAUUUUGUUAUUCUAUGUUGCAAUUCCAAAAGUCUAAUCGGCAAAUAUUAAAAUCGACAAAAUCAUUCAAUGUAUGAAAAUAAAAGUUUAAACGGAAAUGGUGAUUAUUUAAGAAAUCAAAAACGAUUUGCAUGCGUUUAUGGUGUGAUAAUGUGGGGGAUAACGUGGAGGGGGGAUGUUAUAGGGAAAAACAAGCGAAGCGUCAAAGACACGAGGAGGGGGGGGGGGGGUUAUACGCUUCUCGAGUAUUCGCGUAAAUACUGACUUUUCCUGAGUGCAUUAUUCGCAUUGCAUACCCACGAGAUCUUUUAUAUCUUUUAUUAUGUAAGUAUAGAAGAUAUUAUUUAAAUAGUAAAUAAUUUUUCCCAAAAGAUUGACAUUGAAAUUCUAGGACUCAGUUACGUCAUGUGCAUGCUUUUACUGUCACUCGGAUUUGUAACCGGACGAAGGAGCAAAUAAUACAAAAUCGGGUUGCCAUUUAGACUAAUUUUCUAAUGUUUUUAGCAUCUGCGCUGCUGGACUUUCCAUAAAAAAGUUUAAUGACUGAGAUCAUAAGUGUUGUCGUGUUACGCAUUUUUAAUUUUUAAAAUUAGAAAUGGGAGCAGUACCACAGACCUUCGUGUAUUUUAGCGUCACUAUGCACGCGCGCGUAUUAGCCAAUAAAAUUAUCCGUUAAAUCCAACUUAUAUUAUAAAAUUGGAAAUACUGUUGCAAUUAGAUUAGUUGUUGGUAAGUGUGGAUAAAUUUAUCAAAAUAAUAGGCUGACAUAUUAGAAACUUUGAUGUCGUUAAAUUGCAUAGUCCAAUAAUUUCUUCUUCAUGUAGAAAAAAAUAAUAAUUGAAAUUAAUAGACCAAAAUCGGUGACAAUCGAUAAUCCAUUUUGUGUAUUUUAUUUGAGUUACAGAUAGGCCCCACGGCGUACCGUCUUGUUCGGCAAACGCACCUUGUUGUGAUAAGGUUUGAAAAUCGAAAGCAGUAUUAAAAUAUUCUGUUAUGAGCAAAUUUUAUAACAAACAUACUUUCAGGGAGGUUAGUCCGGGAUUGGACGCACCGAGGGUCGCUGGAAAUUUCCCGAACUCACUGAGUGAAGCGAGGUGAGUUCGUGAAACUUCCAGCCACCCGAGGUGCGUCCAAUCCCGGACUCACCGAACCUGCAAGUAUGUUUAGUUUUUAUCACAUGACAUUUCGGUAAAAUACUAAAAAGUACUGAAGAAUUUUAUACGCAUUUUACUUUUUGGUGUAUAAUUUUGUUUUUGGAUAACGAACAUUAUAGCCGCCAUCAUACUACACAAACAAACAAACUUAGGCUUAAAUUAAAGCUAAAAAUUCUCUACAAUACUCUCUUAUUCUUUAAAAGAGAAAAUGAACACAUUCUGCGAAAACAAUGCGAAGAUAUAUGUAAACCUGCCCGUGCCGAACAAAUUUCGGCUACCAUCUUUCUUUUUUUCCACUUUGAAUACAGAAUAUUCCAUUUUCAUCACACACAAUAAAGAAAUAAUAAUUAUAAAACAAUUAAAAACAGUUAAUUUUUUUAUUUAAAUUUUCGUCUGAAAUGUGUUCAGCAGGUGGGUUCGAGAUUGAACGCACCUUUUCGUAGCCAAUAGGAAAGCCGCUAAUACGCUAAGUAUGAGAUAAAACUUGACUGUGUUAUGUAUCUUUAAAUUGUUUUUUAGAAAUCAAAGUGUGUCAACCAAACCCUUGUCUUCGUGGUGGUAUAUGUACUGUAGUCAGUGAAGACCAAUACACAUGCGAUUGCACCGACACUGGAUAUAAGGGAACUAAUUGUGACAUUGGAUUCUUUAAACUUUCUGAUUAUCCAUCAAUGUCUCCCAAUACUUUAUCUCCACCCAUAACCGUUGUUUCUUCACCACCAAUUGACUAUGUUAUAUUGAACCUAAUGAGUCCAGUUUUAAAGUUUAGUCCUUCAAGGCUAAUUUUUGAUCGAAAUUCUCCCCUGAAUCAAUCAUUUAGAAUUGCAGCUCAAGAAACAGGAUAUUACAUCAUAAGAUAUUCGUUGUCUGGACCGGACGUACAAGAAUUUAAUCCGCCUGAAGAGGAUAUCUUAUUCGUAAAUUUCAAGGAGGAAUCAUUAGAAGGAAUAUUGGCCUUAUACUUCCCAUUCGGCUGUCACAAGAAAAUGAUUGGAACAUGUCCUGGAUCAAACGUUUCCAUCGUUGCCUCUUCAACAUCUCCUUUUGUGUCUUUUGGUCCACUAACUGUAACGCAGGGCGUUGUUGCCAUUGAGAUCGGUAACUCUAAGAAAAUACCUUUGUCUUUACUCGGUGUAAAUUUACAAACUCCAAGCAUAUCAUCAUUUCAAGAUUCUUGUAAUGAUAAUGAUGUUGUUUCUUAUUCAACAGAAUCGCUUUUAAAAUCACGAACUUUGGUUAAAUCGUUUACAAAUCUCAUAGCAGAUAGUUUACCAACAUGGAUAAAAGUUACCUUGAGUGAUAAAAAUUUGGUUAAAAAGAUUUCCUCUUCUGAAGUAAAGACUCACUUUUUAACUGGAAUGGAACUUCGCGAAGCAGGUAUUGGAGAUGGCCAACCAUUGGUGGAUGACAUGUAUUAUUCUCUACUUACGACUAGAAAUGUGAACGUAUCAAUUCAAAAUGAUGUUGAUAUCUUUAAAUCUAAUGCUUUAUCUCUGGCCGUGGAGCUUUGCGGAAAGUCGCCAUUGAAUAUAUUCCUACGUCCUUCCUCGCAAGAGCACAAUGCUGCAAUGUACAACAUAUCAAUUUUAAAAGAGUUUGCCGAAUAUGGCUGGCACUUCAAGUUUUAUUCUCUUCAAUUUUCUAAGAGACACACAAUACAGAGGCUCAAGAAAGGAACUUUCUGGGAUGGGCAGCAUUUCUUUGACGUUGAAGCUUCGUCCGACGGAACAUUUGCAUCAGUAUCGUCGCUCAAGAAAAAUUUCGGAAAUACAGACUUUGCUGACAUAAAAAUGCAAUUUGAUGGAACUCUCAUUGGCCAUGUUAAAGACAUAAACCAGGUAACGCAACGUUUUCUGAUUAGUUUGUACAUUUAGUAGCGACGUUAGAAUGGGAUAAUGCAUGGUACCGACGAGGGCGAAAAAAAUUCGUUUAAUUGAUCGAAAGAAACUAGUCCUGUUACAACAAUCGUACGAAGUUCAACGCAAACAGUUAAAGGCAAGUCUUUAAUUAUGCUUGAUGCUAGUUCUACUUGAGUACCGCUUCGUGCUGCUUGAUAUGCUGUUGUUGUAGACAAAACGGCAAAACAGCGCUUUAAGCAGAUUAUACACGGAACGAAAGUAGCGCAUUGACGGAAAUUUGCUUUUCCUUUGGAGGGAUACAAACUGCUGAAUUUCAGCCAAGCAGUACAACUUUCACUCAAAUUCGUCAGAUUUUAUCCUUUUUUUUAGUGAAAAUUUUUAACAUAAUGCUUAAUGCACCACACUUUUCCUCUUUGGUUGCGUCUAAAAUUGCUUGGUGGAAAAGUUAUUUCAGUUAAGGAUCGAAUUGUUACUGGUAGAAGUGACAACAAAUUUAUUUGUAUUGUGAUCUUACUGCCAUAAGACAUGAAAGAGUGAAGAUGGAAAAUGCUUAAGGUGUGUUGCAAGAGACGCGUCGUAUGCGAGUUUUCAUCAGGGGCGUGGCGAACGAUUCCAGAUGGGGGGGGGGGCGUACGUCAUACCAUAAUGACCAGCUGUUUCAAUGAAAAUGACCAACUUUUUCGUCCUUGAGUUAUACAGUUUUACUUCAUUAUUGGGGGUUAAACGACCGGACGUAAUCGCCACAAUAUUGACGAACAACUGCAAUGUACAGCUAACAAUGAAAGUUUGACUGUGUAAGUAUCAAGAAAUAUACUCAGUAUAUUCAUUUGCGCAAUAAUUCUUUAAGACUUAUUUAUGGCACUUAUCCGUAUGCGUAUUACAAAACCAAUGCACUGAAUCAAUAAUUCAUGAAACUAAUCAUAUAGAAUUAUCGCAAAAUUUGACCCUUCAGCUCCAAUGGUCAGUGGUCUGAAAUUGCUGUACUUCGUUGCAGUAUAUACGUAAUUGUAAUCGGCGUUAUGGAUUUUUAUAAAGAUUUGAAGUUAUUUUACAGCUGACUCAGCUGGCAGUAGUAUUUUCUCAAUAUAUUUUGACCAAAAGUAUAACAUUUCCUUUAAUAUCUAAAUAACUCCUUUGACCGGGAAAAAAAUUUGACCAACUUUUCAAAAUUCAGAAUUAUUGGGGCGUCGCCCCCCCCCCCCCCUCAAGCCCCUCGGUCGCCACGCCCCUGGUUUUCAUAUUCACCCAUGUGAAAAAAUAGAAGGUAGCCUAAAUAGCAGUAAAAAAAACAUUAUCCCCGAGAAAAAGUAACAAAAACAUUAUCCGCCGUUCGAGGGUACUAAUUCCCCCCGGCCAUUUACACCCGGGUAAACGAUAGCAUUAACGAAGUCUAAAGUUCAUCAAUCAUCGCGGCCGUGGGUCACCAACGGUGUUCGAUUGUUGGGUGUGUGGUCAUCCUCACUGAUCUCAAAAAUAUGGCGGACUGUCAUGAAUAGCGGACACUGAUUGGUCCAAUUAAAAGUUUGCAUUAUAACGACUGCAUGACGACAGCGAAAUAGCAAACAUUUCUUGAUUUGAUGAUUGAUAAAUUUGAAAGUAAAGUUAUUUGCAUGCGAGAUAUGUAAUCAUUUUAUUGCAAGCUCAAAGUUUAUCGAUAAAGCCAUUUAAUUAAAGGCAGUUUAGUUUUAUAAAGAACACUUUAAAACGUUUUGCGAAGCGUUUCUGGCUGAAUUUUACCUUAAAUUGAAGCUUAGAUUACGUAUAAUAACAUACCUAACAUAUAUAUGUUGGGAAAUUGAUAAUUUUGUAAUUAAAAGUGAUUUUUUAGGCGAUUUUCCAUUUGUAAGAAUAUUAUUAUAAAAUUAUCGUGUUACUAUGAGUCAUGACAACUACUUUAGAUACUCCAUGUUCGGAAAAUACAAUGGUUUUGUCAGCAAGGCGAGGGUUUCUGCAUGCAUGUAUUUUCUAGUAUAUAAUAACUAUCACUGUAGAGGUAUGGCCAUCGAGGAAGACUAAAUUCAACAAAUAUUGCAAAUUAGUGUGGUUAUGUUACCAGGAAGUUUCAUUGUAGUGGUAGUAUGUUGCACUGGUAAAAAUCUUUAUUUACAGUUUAAAAAAAAUGUAAAAUAUAAAUUAAGCUUUCGGACUAAGCGUCCAUCGUCAGGAUUAAAAUGGCAAAAAUGAUUAGUCGCUUAAAUACUAUUUACAUGUUAAUAACCUAACUAAAAUAUUAGGUUUUUUGAAUAAUUAGACUAAAAGACAAAAGAGUCAUAAUAGAGUCAUAUAAGCGUAAUAUACAGGGUGUCUCAAAAAAAACCAAAAUCAUUGAAAUUGACGUAUUGUUCGAUAUUCAAUGCCCUAGCACUAAGUUAAUCCCACGAGUGCAUAAAAGAUUGACAUAACUGCUAUAAUGAAUGGUAAUACUCAGCGUAAACUUGUUAUGUCAGGCAUAAAGUACUAAACCCACGAAUUUACGAAGCAUUUUUAAAUUCCCAUGAGCAAACAAACGUUCACUUUAAAAAGAUAUUUUAAUUUUUUAAAACAAAUUAAUCACCCUGUCAAAAUCCUUUGUGUUACGGCAUUGAAAUUCGAACAAUACGUUAUUUCAAUGAUUUUGGUUUUUUUUGAGACACCCUGUAGAGUCAACAAAAGAGCCAUAAUAAGACACUGGAUAAAAGAGUCAUAAUGGCAUAUUAUAGCGUCAACAAAGCAUUAUUUAGUCUUUAUCAAUUAGCGUUCUAAAAACUUCCGGCAAUGUUCUGCCAUUGUCUCUAUUGGCGUCCUUUACUCCAUCCCUUGCCAGGAUUGUGAUGUUAAAUAUAUUGGUGAAACGGGUCGUGCAUUAGGAACAAGAAUAAAAGAACAUCAUGCAAGUGUAAAGAAUGGGAAGGUGAAAAACUCAGCUUUGGCAGAACAUGUAGUUGACAAUGAUCAUCGCAUUGUAUGGGAUGAUACCAAGGUAGUAUGUAAGGAAAGUCGGUGGUCGCAUAGAAAUGGAAGGAAGCCUGGAUUAUGGAAAAUGAGAAGAGUGCCAUUGCCAAUAGAGACAAUGGCAGAACAUUGCCGGAAGUUUUUAGAACGCUAAUUGAUAAAGACUAAAUAAUGCUUUGUUGACGCUAUAAUACGCUAUUAUGACUCUUUUAUCCAGUGUCUUAUUAUGACUCUUUUGUUGACUCUAUAUUUCGCUUAUAUGACUCUAUUAUGACUCUUUUGUCUUUUAGUCUAAUUAUUCAAAAAACCUAAUAUUUUAGUUAGGUCAUUAACAUGUAAAUAGUAUUUAAGCGACUAAUCAUUUUUGCCAUUUUAAUCCUGACGAUGGACGCUUAGUCCGAAAGCUUGAUGUUGACUUGAUUUACCAGUGCAACAUACUACCACUACAAAUAUGACAACAUUAUCACUUCGCCAAAGUCUGCAAAAUCUCAGUAGAUCUACUACAUUAAAUAUAGCGUGACAAUGAGAACAAAAAGAUAAAGUAAACGGUAUUAGCGUACGUGUUUGGAACUGAGGCUCCCACAAAAGCAGUUAAAUAUAUCUUAAGUAUGCAGAAUAAUAAGGAUUUAAAAAUUCAGUUACUAGAGGACAAUUAAUUUGACAUAGUAGUGGUUGAUACGGCACGAAUAUCAAUGUGUGCCAAAACGCCCAAAGCUAAAAACCUUGGGUUUGAUUUUACGACUGCUGUAGGUUAAACUACUCCACGUACAUCCAAGAUUAUUUUUAUAUCACGGCCAUCGAAAACAUGAUUCGUCAAGGUACCAUUGAUGAACACUUCCUGGACGAAAUUGCUAUUAGUGUUGCAAAAACAGUUUUACAGCAGAACCAAAGAACGAUGGUGGGAUUCGGAUUCCAAAGAAUGGCGGGAUAAUAAACUAAACGUUGAAUUCUGCAAAUCGUUUUAUUUCACAUACUACUAAUACAUGCAUGCAAUAACUCCUCGCCAAAAUUUUCCAAACAUUAAAUUAACAUGAAGUAUUCGGAAAUGGCCAACACCGAACGCUGGCUCACGCUCAAGUGUUGCUAUGACAACACAAUAUUCUUAAAUUUUUAAUUUUUUCAUAUUUUUGUACAAAACUGUAAAUUAGUUGAAAGGUUCGUACUUUUAACUAUAAAAAAAAAUCCGAAAUAUAUGCUGUAGGUAUAUUAUUUUCCAUUUUGCGAGCUUUGAUUUAAUGUAAAAGUAAACUGAACUAAACUACAUUUGCCUAUAAACUGUCUUACGUAAUAAAACAUAAUAAGUGUAAUACAAAUAAAACAAAUUGUUACUAGAUAAUUUCAGUUCAGUCUUCAAAUCAAUUUGUUCUCUUUUACACUUUAAGAAUUUUUUUUUUCAAAUUAAUUUAAAUGAACAGUAAUUUAUGAAACUUGGAGCUUCGUUGAAAAGAAAAACAGUUCAUGUUUUUAGGCAAAAAUUUAAAGCAACAAAUUCGUAAACAUUAAAUAUUCAAAGCAAACUUGGCGCAUAUUUCACGAUUUCCCAUAGCAAAUCAGUUCUUCUCAUUUCUUCAAACAAAAUUGCUUCAACCUUGUUGUAUAUGAAACGAUUUUCCAAAUAUAUGUCUUUCAAAACUAAAAUAUUGCUUAUCCCACUCCUGCAAGCAAUCAGCCAUAUUUUUGAGGUCAGUGACGAUGACCACCCACUCAAGAUCGUUGGUCACGCCCGCGAUCAUCCACGAGCCGACGGCGCCAAGCGCCGUGCGAGGUACUAAUUCCCCCCGGCUAUUUACACCCGGGGAAACGAAAGCAUUAGCGGAGUCUAAAGUUCAUCAAAUAUCGCGGGCGUGACCAACGAACUUGAGUGGGUGGUCAUCCUCACUGAUCUCAAAAAUAUGGCUGAUUGCUUGUGGGAGUGGAAUAAGCAAGAUUUCAAUUUUAAAAGAAAAGAAUUUGGAAAAUCGUUUCAUAAACAACAAGCUUGAAGCAAUUUUGUUUGAAGAAAUGAGAAGAAUUGAUUUACUAUAGGAAAUUGUGAAAUAUACGGCAAGUUUGCUUUCAAUUUUGUUGCUUUAACUUUUUGCCUAAAAACAUGAACUGUUUUCCUUUUGAACGAAGCUCUAAGUUUUAUAAAUUACCGUUUAAUUUGAACAAAUUGAUUUGAAGACUGAACUAACCUAACAAUUUGUUUUGUGUGUAUAUAAAACAGUUUAUCGGCAAAUGUAGUUUAGUUGAAUACUUGAAUGAGCGUUUCAAGUUAAAUGUUACAUUAAAUCAAAGCUCACAAAAUGCAAAAUAAUAUACCUACAGUGUAUAUUUCGGAAAUUUAUUGUUGUAUAGUUAGAAAUACGAAUCUUUCAACUAUUUUGCAGUUUUGUACAAAAAUAUGAAAAAAUUAAAAAUUUAAGAUAUUGUGUUGUCAUGGCAACAUUUGAGCGCGAGUCUGCGUUCAGUGUCGGUCAUUUCUGAAUACUUCAUGUUAAUUUAAUGUUUGGAAAAUAGUGGCGAGGAGUUACUGCAUGCAUGUAUUUCUAGUUGAUAAACUUUAGUCUUCGCAUAACGCUUUCGUUUCCCCGGGUGUAAAUAUCCGGGGGGAAUUUGGACCCUCGCCCCGUUCUUACGCCCGGAAAUGCGUUCCGAGCCUAAUGAUAAUCUUAUUUAUUUAUUUUUUCUUGCAAUCUGAAAUCAUAUUUUGCGCUUUUCUGCAUGCAAUCUGAUUGGCUACGCGUGCGGUCCGUGUGAGCCCAUACGGACCGCGCAAGAUUUAAAGCCGUAGAGGCAAUGUUUUUAUUUUUGAAAAUUUAAAGACGGGCUUGUUUAAGGCUAGUUUUUAACAUUAGAAUGUCUGCAGACGAUGAAGAACGCAGUGAAAGUUAAUUUUACUAUCCCACAAAAGAUAGUACUUUUCCUAGGGGCCAGUUGUAUAAAAAAAGUGAUUAAAGUUAACUAUAGUUAGUGGAAACGUCAUCCAAUAAGAAGCGCGUAUUUGAGAGUUAAUCACUAUUUAACUACAAAAAAUAAUAAUGAUUAAGAGAGUGAUUAAGAGUUUUAUACAACCGGCCCCAGGUGUUUGCCAAAUCGAAGAAACGAGAGCUUGCCCAACAGCAUGACAAUAGAAACCGACCACAAGCUUGCCGAGUUGACGACGGUAGAGGAAGACAAGUUCUUCGAGUUGGGUUUGUUCGGAAAACGCGACCCAGAAGCUGUCCAGAGGACCGUUUGUUGGGACCUUUCCCUACAUUCCGGCUUUCGAGCGCGUGUCGAGUCGAGAAAACCAAAGUGGGUAGCCAUAUCCAUCAGUAAAGACCUAUACGGCGAGUGGUCCCUCGGAGAAAUGAGGGACAGCACACAACAUAACACAACACAACACAACACAACACAACACAACACAACAAGAAACGAAAUACGCGGACAGCACACAACACAACACAACACAACACAACACAACACAAGAAGAAACGAAAUACGCCCAUUUUUCGCUCGUGUCAAAUUGGCUCUGCCUUUGCAUAAACAUUACUAUAACCAAUUAAAUCUAUCCAAUAGGAAACCGUUAAUGUCAUGUUUAUUUACAGGGUGUAUAAAAAAAGGUUAAUCGAACUUCAGCGCGUUAUUGUACCAGAAUUACUCGGCGUAUGAACAUUUUUUUCAUAUUCGUAAAGAUGAGGCUUUUUGUUGUUGAAUGACCAGUUUAAAAAAUAAGCAAGUACGAGUCCGAUAAAAAUAUUACAACGGUGACUCGUACUUGCUCAUUUUUUAUCCAUUUGGCAUAAAGAACAUAUCAUUCAACAGCUAAAAGCCAAAUCUUUCCGAAGAUGAAAAAAUCUCGUUCAUGCGCAGUAAUUCAAACACAAUAGCGCGCUGACGUUCGAUUACUUUUAUUUUGACACACCCUGUAUAAAUUCAACAUUCACUCUGGAAAUUAUUUAUAGCAUAAUUACUACAUAUCAGAUUUGAUUGACAGGCGUAUCGAUUUCAACCGAUGGGAAUUUGCGUUGUGUGGGCAACGCGGUUUCAUUUCUUGACUGUGUUGUCUGCAGUCCCUCCUUUCCUUUCUCGUACCCAGAAAUAUAAACCCGCGGAAAGGAGAGACCGCUCGCAGUUUAGUAAAGACCCGGAAACAGGCAGCGAAUUGUUGUUGCGGAAAGCUGAACGAGGUUCAAAGAUCAGGCACGGCAACGGGCAACAUUAGAGAGCCUUUUAUCCCGCAGCGCAAGCAACCCACAACGAACGUUGUUCUGUUAAGUUGUAUCGUGCAUUUUUCCAGCAUCGACGAGGUGAAAUGAAACAGUCGGACUCUUCAUUCUUCCUGGCUAUUAACCACCGUCGCCAGCAAGAUUCUCAGAUCUGGUAUAACAAAUCUAAACUGGGAAAAACGAAUUUGGCAAGUUUCUUUCGAAAGCUGCGAAAGCUGUUAAAUUGCGUGGUAACAUCACAAACCACUCGGUAAGAAAAGCCUGUGUUUCCCGUUUAAUGGAUGCCGAUAUUGCCGAGAAUUACGUUGCCCAACUGAGCGAUCACAAGAAUUUGAGAAACCACGAUUGUUACAAAUCCGCUUCGACAGCAGUUUUAAGUCGUUCAGGAGCCUCGUCUUCUGCCACAAACCAAGCGCCAAUUCAACCAUAUGAAUCACAAUACAGUCUCCAAGAACAAUACCUUUCCUACUGCAACCAGUCUGCAGUCGAAGGCAUGUUUUCAGGGGCAACAAUGCAAGAGAUCGAAGGUUGUCAUUUCAACUUCUUUCUCAACACGAGCAAAAGUCCGAUCGGAGGUCCAAAAGCACCUUUUGCCAAAAAAGACGUGUUAUCUUGAGCGAUGACAGUGACUCGGACUAAAUAUAACCUUUUUCGAGAUUUCUGUUAGAUUUGAUUCUUUUAUAAUAAACUCCAUUAGUAUUUAUAUAUUUAAACGAUUUUUGUCGCUUGAAAAAGGCAUAUUGUAAACAUUGGACUGGACUAGGUUUGGACUGGACAUUGGACUGGACUCUUGACUUAAACUUUUCUUUUUACAUUAAGUUUUCGCAUAAAUCCCCAUAAUUAUCGUUAGAAACAACGAAAGAGAGCUCGAUAGGUCCAAAACAACAACUUACGUGAUGUCUGCAAUGCAAUCCAUGCCAAUCUCGUUCCCAGAGCGUACCCGUUCGCAGGUUAAGAUGGAUUGUACGCAUGCUCGGCAAUUGUUGCAAAAUAUAAACAACGUAUUUCGAAAAUUUGAAUUUCUCCUCGAAAAUCUGAUACUUUUUAAACUGAAAUCAAUUGAAAACAAAUAAAAAUUCUGGGGUGAAUUUGCACGAAAACUCGGAUUGAUAGAGAUAGAACUACCUGGAAAAUACAAGGAGAACUUUGAUGUUUCGAGCGAAGGCCUCUUGACUUGUACUGUUAUUGUUAAUGUUUGUACUCGUAUCAUGAUAAAUAUAAUCUCCUCAACAACGAGAGAAUGUUUACUGUGAAGUGUGGACCUAACACUACGUAUGCCAUAAAUUCUGACAGGAUAGUAUAAAUUUAACGAAGUGACUAUGUCCCAGACUAUAUGACCGACAGGCGGACAAUACCUGCUGACCUAAUAAAAUUAAUAAUUUACGAUAAGUAACCGUUUGUACAUUAUAUUGCCUGUUAAAUAUGUUGUAAUCUGGAGUCAAGCUGUAUAACAGGCCAUGCGUCCUAUUGCUUGUCUGUUGUCAGCUCGUCCUUUGUUGCAGAUGUCUAAAAUAUAAUAAUAGUGAAAAGGGUACGCACUUUGUAGAGAACUGUACGAUAUAGCGUGUGGACUGAUAAGAAGGCAAGUGAACUACGAAAUAGGAAAUAUGUAUUGUUGGAAAACAGUAUCUGAAGAUCUGUUUGGCCCACUGCUAUCCUUCAAGCACACAGCAAUGACCCCGAAACAACCAAUCCAUUCCCAGCUGCAUAGCUCAACCAAAGCUACUCACAUUGUUUCGGCAUCGGUGAAUUAUCGGGGGUCUGGAAGGUUGGAGGAAUUAAUCACAUUUGAGAAUAAAUAAAACGUUUUUUUUCCGAAUGAUGAAGAAGUAAUUUUUCAUUUAAUGUCUGAAGAAAAAUAAAACGCCAUUAUUUAAAUAUUUCCGUCCCAUUUUUGGCUUAUAUACCCAAUAAGGGGAUCGCUCGAACACGGCCGAAAAUAUAUAUCCCAUAAAAAUAGACCAAAAUUGGCAAUAUCCAAUAUGAACUCCGGAAGUUACGAGUUUGCAAUUGUAAUUAUAGAUUGGUGAAUAUUCAAGUCCUCCCUGCUCCCAUUGUGGCGUCUAGCGGUAGUUAAAGAGGCACUACGCGACUCCACUGGCAAACGUCUUCGUUUUGGAAUAUCAAAAUUGAUGCUCAAUUGCCAAAAUAAUGUACCACAACUGUUUGAGGUUUCCUGUUAAGAAAUCUAAACCCAAGUUUACUUGUUUUAACCUUGCAAGUUACAUCAAAACCUCAGCUUUAUUUUUCAUGCAUAACCCUGGUUAUUCUACAUCAAUUUAAUAAUCGCUUGUGAUUAUUGAUGCACAUGAUUCAUGCAGGCGCACCAUGAAAGAACCAUACUUGUUCACAAACCCCGCUGACGUUUUCAGUGGUGCAUGUUACUCUUUUUAAAUUAAUGGUCAUUGUUAUUUACCAUUAUUCUCUAAUUUUCUUAAUGCAGAUUAUAGAUUCCCCUCUACAUCAACAAUGGAGCGUCGAUUUGUAUGGAAGGAUUGGUUUAACCGUUGUGUUUAAAAUGGAAGGGGAGUCUGUAGAGCUUUUUGUGAACGGACCAGAGUCAGUUGGCUACGCUAAUUUCGGAGGUGCGCAAUAAUCGCUUGGCAGUAUUUUAUACAAAUUUACAAUAUGCAUGCAUUGUCAUUGCUUGUAAAAUGAUUGGAUGCAUAAAAAUUUUGGAUAUUUAUUUAUAUAGUUUGGUCGGACCUAGCUUUCUGAAAACUUAUAUUGGCAAUACUUUGACUAUCAAACGUAUAGCAUUUCAGACUUGGAACCGCCUUUUUUUAAAUAGUGAUAUCAAAACUUACUGAUUUUCUCUCCUAAAAAAUGUUUUGCGAAUGAAAAAACGAAACCACUGUUGUGCUCUAUUAAAUACAAACAUUCAACUUAAAGUGAACAUAGAUUAUUGAAUGCCUUGAAGCAGCUUAUGAAACGUGUUUUAACUACAACAGGACUGCUUUAUUGUAUUCUUAAACAUCUGGAUUUGGGACAUAUAACUAUUUGUUGAAGGAGUUUUUCGAUUUAAAUUUCAACUGUAAAUGUUAUAAUUUUUCAAACCUGCAUAGCCUAUAAAUAUCGGAAUUUGGGUCGUCCCCCUUGAUCACUUUACCCAAAAAAUGCCCUAAGAUGCACCUAAAACUGCCAUCAUCGUAAAAUAAUUAUAUUAAUUUGCAACUUAAUUAAAGCUCCAUCACUGAACAGUCCUGUCAAGGAAAUUAUAGUUGUAUUUUCGGUAGCUGCUUCUGGUUAAGUCUAACAAUAUAUAAUUUUCACUCCAACUUUUGGUCUCCAAAUACUUUCACUGCAUUUUUUGCAUUUGUUGACCUUGAAACAACAGUUUUGAAUAAUUGCUGCAGGUAACAAUGAUGUAUUAUCGAAAUAAACUUCAAUUUACUCCAUUUUGCUUGUAUAGGUUACAUUCAAAAACAAUUUCUUUGGAGAAGGAGAGGAUUUUAUUUCAACGCAAACAUGGAUAAAGAUCCCUUCGCUAACACAUCUUUAAGAAACUUUGUUGAUAUGCAUUCUGAUAAAAAUAUCUCAUGUUUUCUGAAUAUAACGUUAUACAAAGAAAAGCAUCGUUUUCACAAUAAUGAAAUAACUGACAGCCUAAGCUGUGCAUUUCGAGGUACUUUAAAGGUUGGCAUUUUAAAGUUUCCCCCAACCAUGGUAAAUCUUCUAAUGGGCAAACAACAUAUUGCGAAUAUUACGGCUAAUAAUAAAGCGAGGUCAUCUGGAAACGCUAUUGAGCUAUAUGGAACUUUUAUUCACUUAAAAAAUGGAACAUUUGGGAUAUUUAAACGAUUUCCAGAAAACUGUAUGAACGUUCGAUUUUCAUUUGGUCAAAAUACACCAAAAUAUGAAGGAUCGUUUUGUGCUAUUUGCAAAAUGUUUGGCAUGGAAAAAUUAGUGAACGUUCGCAUUUCUUACGAGGGGUUAAAAUUUCAUGUGUCUGGAAAACUGCAUAAUAUGUACGAUGCGAGCAUGGAUUGCUCAUCCCGUUUAUUGACCUGGGAAAAUCAAGUCUUCGAUGUCGAAGGUAAAUUUGAAACAAACGGCGGAGGAACUGAUUUCGUUACUGUACUGAAAAAGGAACUUGACAAGUACGUCAUAGAUUUUAUCUUGCAAGCAACGAAUCGUAUAGAAGCGGCCGAUCAAACGGUUAAACGUGCAUAUGAAAGAUUGGAAAAAAUAGUUAUGUUGAAAAAACUGGCAUUCGAAAAACUCCAACAGCUAAAUAGUCAGUACACGUCAAUAGCGAGAAAGUUCGAAACGGCUCGAAGUAAAUUAAAAUCUCUUGAAAUUGAAGCGCAGAAAUAUUCAAAAGACGUGAAGAGAUUGAAAUCAGAUUUAGAUAGCUUGUGCCAGAUUAAACAGUGUCCCAAAGUUUGUCAUCAAGGUAUAUUCUGUUCAGCCUGUUAUGAAGAUAUCAUUGCAAACUCUAUGGGAAUAUGUCCCGCAACGUGCUUUAGAACGGAACAACAGCUUAUUCCACCCUAUUCUGAAGUAGCAUACUGCGAAAGAGAAAACUGCAAAAGAGUUCACAAUACAAAUGGAUUUUUCAAAAGCGUUUUGGGUGAAAAACUUGCCAGCAUUGUGAAAACUGGGCUUUCGUUUGGGAUCACAUUGGCAGCUAGAGCAUUUCGUGCACCGCCGCCAGUUGCUGGUGCUAUCGCCAGUGGAAUCACAACUUUGUUAGAUACAGGAAGAGUGGAUGAAAUAUUUUGCUCCGUAUUGUCUGGAUUUUUAGGUGGAGCUAUUGGUGGUAAGGGCUUAUCAUCGGUGUAUAAUUCGUUCUCUAAAGUUAGCAGAGAGCUAGCCUUAAAGAAAACUGGGCUUGCCUUAGUGAAGAAAAUUAUUGGUGGAACUGUUAAAAAAGCUAUGUCAUGCCAAAGAGAUCAGAAAGAUGGAUACUGGAAAUGCAAUGUUAAGCAAAUACCAUGCCAGAAGGAAAGGUACGAAUACGAAUACAUACAUAUUCCAUACAAAUGCAAACAAUCUUGUGUAAUCGAGACAAUUAAAAAAACAAUCGAAAAGAGUUGUUGUCUAAACGUGUCUUGCGCUUUACUCGUGGUGAACGUAACUUGUGUUGCGGAAAAUGUCCUUUGUAAGAAGGCAAGAGUGGAUGCCUUAGCAAAAAUAUCCAAAACCAAAUCUCAAGCGGAAAAUAUUUUGAAGAACUUGGAGUACGCAAGAUCGAAUUUUUCUUAUUGGAACCUGAACCAACAGAAAAUGUACAUUGUGCUAAUGCGGCAACAUCGAUGGUUUAACACGACGCAAAAAACUGUCAGCAAUCUUGAAAAAGCUUACAAUAGCACGAUUAAAUCAAAAAAGGAGGUCGAUAAGAUAUUUUCCACGCCUCUGAGGAUAAAGUCGCUUUUAAACAAACAGCUAACAUCAGUUGAUGGAAUAAAAUUGAAAGAAAUCCUUUUUGAAACAAAAGUUGACCUGCGAAAUGACAACUCCUUGCUGCCACUACAUAUCGCAUUUGAAGCAAACAGUACAUUACGACACUUAUCAACUGUGCUUGAUUUUGAACAAUUUAAUACAUCGCUAAAAAGUAUAUCUGAAGAAAUAUUGCUUGACAUCAUUGGUCAUUUUUACAGCAAUUCCAGAAAAAAACGUUCAGUGGAUGCUCCUUCACCCACACCCAACCCAUUGUUUUCCUCGUUAAAAAAAUACCACAAUUACUGCGCAAAGUUUACAAAUAACCAUGGCGUUUUACACAGCGUAGCAUUGUCGCUUUACAAUCUUACCUCGGAGGUUAUGUCGCAUCACAAAGUAUUAUCUCCAAGCGACCCAUUGGUUUUUAAUAUUACUAAUUUGAUAGCAAAUUCCAAGUUGGCCUUGAAUCAAACAAUGGCGCUCCACUUUUCACUAGAGGAAAGCCGUUAUUCUCGCAUGGAAUAUUAUAAAUAUGAUCUUGAGAUGUCCAAAGCAUUUGAACUUCGAGAAGAGCAACUGCGACCAAACUACGAAGUUCUCAAUUCCACAAACGAUUUUCUCGUAUAUAACUGGUUCGCAUCUAUGGAAGACAUUUUUAACUCUUCACAAUUGAACGAUGAAUGCAGCGGAAUGAACGAUUGCAUGACACACAUUCUUGUUAGUUUAGUGGAAAUGUUGUCCUCGAUUGAGGCCGAGAAAGCAGACCACAUGCGACGACAAACCAAAAAUCUUGAAGCUCAACUAAACCAUUUGUCCAAUACUUUUGAUAUAACCAUUGCUAAUGCAUUGAAAAUAUCGUCAGGAAUUUUGACUAUCUUAAAAGAAAUGAAUGAGCUAAAGGUGUUUUGCGCUCAAUCUCCAAAUAUAACGAAACAUCCAAAUCCAGUCACCGAGAUGAGUAUUGGAAACGUUUUGGUGUUGGAAUGCAAAGCUACUGGGACUGCUUUAACAUAUUCUUGGAGUUUCAACGGGCAAGUUUUGCAAGAUCAAAACUCCAACCUGCUGACAAUCAAUGGCACGACCAUAUCCAAUAGCGGAAAUUACACUUGCUUCGCAUCAAACCAUAUUGCAAAGGAAAGAUCAACACAUGCAGUAGUUAUUAUACAUCCUCCUCCUAUCAUUAUUCAUCACCCAGUAGAAUAUUUGACGAUUGUUUUAUCCGAGAAUAACUUUCUACACUGCGAAGUUCAAGACACUGGCGUGAAUAUCUCCUAUCAAUGGUGGUUUAAAUCAGAAAAGUUGUCGUCGACCUUUACUCAAAUAUAUAAUGAAACAUUCUCUUAUAUAGAUUUCUCUCCAAUGACCACUGAGCAAGAAGGAUGGUAUUUCUGCCAAAUUUCUAAUUCAUACGGUGUAACGUUUUCCCGCAUAAGUUUUGUCAAGGCAAUAUCGUUUACCCUUCCAGUACCAAUGGCAGUCUUGUCGUUUACCUUAAAUAGAGAAACAAGACAAGUUAAUUCAAGCGUUAAUUCUUCAAACUCCACUGGUUAUGAUGUCAUCAGUUCUCAUAUAUUGAGACACAUAUGGUUUGAGAAAAAUUCCAGUGGCGGAGUGCGGGUGAAAAAUUUACAUCCGAUCAAUUGUCAGUUAGCGAAGUCAAAAAGAGAGGCUGGCAGUAAUGUUGGGAUUUAUUGCUCUUGGGAAUUCCAGUACAUUGGUAGAAACAUGACCUCUAAUCGUUCUGUUUACAACGAUUUCAUAGUCAAUUCAGGCAUGGUUAUCAAUGCUACUCAAGAGAUAAGCGAAACAAUUGGAAGGCUAGUUAAGGCUACAAAAAAUGGUUCCUUUUCCUUCUCAAUCGCUGGUGAUCACUUUUUUGCUGAAAGAAAUGACAUAGCAGUUCACAAAUUUUCAUUGAUGUGCCCUAGAAAUCAGGUCUUGGUUCAAACGGAUUUUAAAUGUGGUAAGACACGUUCUUUUUCUUUAUUAAGCAAUAACACAUUCCCCUAACUAGAGGGCACUCAGAGACUGCAUACCUCCGCCCGUUACUCGGAAGUGAAACGCAACCUUGGAAUUUCCUAAGAAAUCCACUUUAUAAUUCUUAAGCAUAAAAGAUUUCAGGCCCCCGCGAAUUGAAAUCGAAUUGCUAAAGAUCAUAUUACUGUUGUUGUACUGUACAGUACUUGUAAAAUAAAACUUAUUAAGUGUCAUUAAAUAAAUGCAUAAAUUUUGCUUUAUGCACUCGCGCGUGCAGUAAUUUUCACAGUUGUGCUAUUUUAAAUUCCCAGGCAGCUAAAAUCUUUUGUCUUUAAAACAAUGUCGAUUUCUUGGGAAAUUCCGAGGUUGCGUUCUUUUUAUACACCCUGUAUUGAAGUAAUCUAAUGUUGUUAGAAUUUGAAUGGACUGGCACUUUGCUGAACGUAAUAAUGCGUAACUCCGUAAGCCUUGUUUUAGACAUUGAAUUUCGGUCGCGUGAAAUGCAACUAAGACAAUAGAUAAUGAAGGCCGAAGCUUAAUGAGGUUUAUCAUCUCAUUAUUGUCUUAGCACUGAGUGCAUAAAUUAUACACGUCCUAAUUACGCAUUCAGUAAUAUUUUUUGUUAAUUGACCGGGAAAAGCAAGACAAAAUUUUGUUCAUUUCUCGUUCAAUUUUUAACCAAAUUCAACCAAAUUUUAAUCAGUUCUUCCUUAGCCGAUGGGAAAUGCAUUCAAAAAAUUUCGUACGGAUAUGUUUGGUAUUUCUUGAGUUAUCGUGCUCACAGACAAACACACACACAUACACACACACACACACACACACACACACACACACACACACACACACACACACACACACACACACACACACACACACACACACACACACACACACACACACACACACAUACACACACACACACACACAUACAAACCCAGAUGAUUACAUAACCUCCUGGCGGAGGUAAAAACCCAGAUGAUUACAUAACCUCCUGGCGGAGGUAAUAAAUUGUAAGAAUUGUAACAAUGUCCUGAAGUACCAAACAUGGCAUUUUGGUGUUUAAAAAUGAUGUCCUGGCCGGAAUAAUUAAAAACAAAACCUCACAAUUUUCAAUUAUAUUAAUGAAGCACUGUUGUUAAGUUAUCGAAUACAUUAGAACAAUCUGUCUUGAUAUAAUAUUAGGGACAUUCAACAGCGACUACAAAUACGAAAUUUGACCGCGUACGAGGAAGGGGAAGUGUUUUUCGUUCUAGUUGAAAUGCAUGUCGCUUUAUCAAUAAACAAACGAGAAAUAGUGUUCUAAAUAAAUUUUGUGCAGGCUAAAAUCCCAUACAUAUCUAGCCUCUUCUAUAAGGAACGAUUCAAGAAUUAAGUGCAAAUAUAAGCAGGAUUAAAAACAAGUUCAAUAUUUUUGUAUUAUUUGUCAUUUGCUUGAAACUUGAGGGUUAAAAUUCUAAGACUACACCUCGCAAAAACGUUGAUUUCAAAAUUUGAAUAUUACUUUUACAUUAAAAAUUGUCGUUGUCUGAAUAGAAGUAUUGUAUGUUUUGUACUUUCUCAAGUCGAUUGUGCACCUGGAUAUCACGCUGCAGUGUUUGGUACGGACCAAAUUACCACAUGCAUACCUUGCCCUCUGGGCUUCUAUCAAUCAGAAACUGGCAAAACAAUCUGCAAGGAAUGUCCAAAAGGAUUUACCACAUGGCACACAGGAUCUCGUGGGCAUGCUCAUUGCAAAGGUAUAUAACAAUAUAGCUGUCAACAAUCGAAGUCUAAAAAUACAUACGAUAUCAUACGGAAUCGUAAAAUAACACAUCAGAAAGGAAGUCGUCAGCAUAAAAUACGACGACAUCAUUUGAUGCGAUUUUAUCAUGGACCGCCUAAUUGAUUUGGUUCCCAGGCUUGAGAGCCUAGCUAGCGGCGUUCAAAGGAGUUACGCCACAUUAAACAUUCAGAAUUUUGAUUAAGUAGGUCUCUAUAGUUUCUCAGAAUUUUGUAUUUUAUUUUCUCACAGGUCUGAUACAUAUCAAUGAAAAACCGCAUUUUAAGUUACAGUAGGCAUCCUAUGAUUAGAGAUUUCCACCUGUAUGUGUACGGGAGAAAGAAUCACAAAAUGGCUCAAAUUCCCCUUUCGUUUAAAGAUGAAAUUUAAUUUCUCUCACAUCCUAAUGCAAUUAAUAAAUAGGGCUUGUACGAAAAUAAGCUGGGUUGGGAUAUUUUCAGCAAUUGAAUACUUCGAUAUCCAAUAUUUGAAACACAACCUCCCAAAUUUCGAUGUGAAGCAACGCAUUUAAUUUUGGUAACGUUUAUUUUGCCUUGACCCUUAGUUAUUUGCAAGCCGGGACACUAUGGAAAAGUGAUAUUGGAAACUGGGUACUGUAUUCCAUGUCCUUUGAACGAGUACCAACCACACGAAGGACAAUCUGGCUGUUUCGUUUGUCCUAGUAACCAUGUUACCCAAUUCGAAGGAGCAACGAACUCGAAACAAUGUAUUUUAGGUAAGAUUUAAAAAGUAUACGAAAGAAAAAAUUGCAUGUAGUACAAAGUCCUUAAAACGCGUUUUGCAAGAAUUCAGUUCGAAGACUUUUUUAUACUGGACAACUUUGUGAGAAUUGUAAUUCUUGUGUAUUUAACAACCAUAAUUAUGCUUUUAGUUUAGUCAUUAAUUCAAUGCUAUUAACGAAUCUUCUGGCUACUGCCGCGAGAAUUAGAAGCAAAUUACCAUGUGCCUAACGCUCUUUCUAAUAUUCAUUUUGCAAAUUCAAGAAGCCACAAAAUUGUAGGCCGUUUUUCCACUUCUUGCAAUUCCAGGUCAAUUAUAUGAUUUUUUACAUUUAUCGAAUAUAAACUUGGUUUUGGAUAAUGUUCAAUUCCCCGUGUAUUUUCAAAUUUUGUGCAAAUUGCAAGAAGUAACCACUAGCCAGAGAUGGCCAUACCGCAAGGCGAAUUUCCUCAACACCUAACAAGCCCAUCAGGGGUGUCAUCAUGAGGUUUGUUGUCGAUCUUACCGUUGUUUCAACAUAAACCGUAGUUUUUUCGCGUGAUUGUGACAGACAGUUACCCAACUACAGUACUCAUUUGCUUUGAAGUUAAAAGGUGACGUAAAUAAGGCUCCUGAUGCUGUCCAUUUUUAAAAACUUGAGAAGGGGGGGGGGGUAUGGAUACGUCAAAAAAUGCAAAGUUUGCUGAAAUACAACAACUUUGCCACAUUUUGUCAUCGCCGUCCAGGGACAUGCAGUCUCUAAACCAGGGCCUGCAAACCUCUGAGGCUCCGGGAAACAACAGCGAAAGUCGGGCUCUGAUUUGUUGUUUUUCAAGCGCUUAUUAUUCAAACUACGAGGCGCAUUUAGUAAUUCAAACAUCGUUUAAAAUUAAUAUAAAGUUUAUUUUUCCUUGCGUAUUAUGUUUAAACAUGUCAAUGAAACACACAGCAUAAUCUUACUAAUCUUCCCUAGCUUCUCAUAUGAAAUCAUAGACUAUUCCGAUCAGAUGUAUGCCAAUAACAAAAUGUAAUAACAACUGCAGUGCAGCAUUACCGUAUAAUGUUAUGAUAAAUCGUUGAAAUAACAACACAAUCUAUAAUUUACCGUAAUUUUAAAAACAAGUAAAAAUAAAUCACUACCAGUAUCUUACAACAAUUCAAAACAAUGGCAAGUGUUACUUGAAGAAUUCAAGACGUAAUAAGCUUAAACUACGGCAUAAUUCAUGCUUCAUGGCAGUGAUGUCUAUUUAUAAACGUCAAGCGGAGUACCGGAUCCAGAUGCACUGAUUUUCGUUCAAAAUUCGCCAGUGCUUCCGGGAGCCUCAGCAAGUCUCUACAGACGAUUGCGGGCUCUGGUUUAGAGAUUGCGUUCAGGGACCCCUAGUUGACUUGGAUCCCAGGCUUGAGAGCCUAGCGGUGUUCAAAGGAGUUACGACACAUUAGACAUUCAUUUUCAAGCAAAACGAACCUCUAAAAUUUUAUUUUUAACAAAUAAUAUGUUAUAUGAAAUAACAUAUUAAUAAUCAGCUCAACAUGUAUUCAAAUAAUUUCAAGUCCGUAGGCUGCAAUAGACUGUCUGCCAUUCCUCACGGUCGAAUAUUAAACUUGUUUUCGAAUUUUAACGAAUUGUCAAGGUCCGUUUACACUUGAAAUUUUCGCUGCAAAUUCUAGCGCGCUUUCUUCUUCCUUUGAUGUAUGUGAAUGAGUAGAUGAGUAAUAAAGGAAUACCGAAUGGUUUUCCGUGCAGGAUUGCGUGAUCCAUGCACGCGAGAUGUUGCGAGACUUUCGGAAAGCGUAAAAAUACACGAGCCGUAGGCGAGUGUAUUUUUACGCUUUCCGAACGUCGAGCAACAUCCCAAGUGCAUGGGUCAUGCUAUCUGCACGGAAAAAUCAUUCGGUAAUUGUUUUAUUAUAUUACUACAGUGAAACGACGCUUAAGGUGGCUCCCUACAGUUAUAGUCCAGUUUAAAACAUUUAUAUAGCUCAGGCGUAAUCCUCGCGACUCGCGCGUGGAAUCUUCGUGGUCCGGUAAAAAUCUUGAAACAAGCCGCGGGAAGUUGUUUUUGUAUUUUUAUCUACAAAGAAAACGCCAGUUUUUAUUAUAAUCCUAAACUUUUCAACAUUCGAACAGUACGUAUGUUGUUAGCUAGUUUUUUACCUACCUUCUGUGUGUUUUUUUUUUAUAUAUUUAAUACGUUUCAAUACUGUAUUUCAUAAUAAUUCUCACAAUGUUCAACAACAGUGUCACGGACUGAAAAUUAUUAUAUUUUAUACUGUCUUCAAGGCACUCCUGAACUAUCACUGAAACUUACGUAAAUCCUGUCAUUCAACUCAGUUCACAUGUAGUUUUUUUAUCUGUUGAAUCCAAUAAAACUAUAAUGCAGACAGUUACGAGUUGUUUUAUAAUAUACGAAAAGUCAAACUCUACUUGAAUGUUUUGAAAAGUUUUCACACCGAUUUUCACAACAAAACUAAAUUUAAGAAACGUUGUAUUAAGUCAGUCCGUUAUUGUGUUCUCAAUGUUUUGUAUUUUGAAUAUAUAUAUCUUUUAUUUUCAUUUCAAACUAUCAUAUGUGUGAUACAUAUAAGCCAAAAACUCAAAGAGAAAAUUGCUAAAAAAGCCAACUAUAAACCGUACGCGUUUCGUGUUCCUCGCGCAAAUAGUGAUCAUGUCGAAUCGAUAUUUUGUCACGUCAACAGCUUCAACUGGAUUUAGGGCUAUUUUUCUCGCGUUUCCUUCGGUGAAAAUUUUUUAAACUUUGCACGUUUGCUAAGCAUGACGAUUCGCCAAACAUCAAAAUUUCACGAAAUUCUAUAAGACAGAUUUUUUGUAGUCGUUAUUCAUGAAUAUCUCAAAACCUGCCUUAUAAACAUCCCUUCAAAUUUUAAUAUAUCAUUCCCCUUUCAACCAAAAAUAUUAAUAAAAAAAAUUCAGAAAAAUUGACCGAAGGAAAAAAAAGAUAUUCCCGUUUGAUUGUAAAAUUAGACAAUAAAAGUGCAAAAGAUGAAACGUCAUGGUUGCCAUGGCAACACUAACACUGUUCCUAUUUGUUCAUAUGUCGACAGCAGAAAACUUCUGAACUUUCCUGGAAAUGAUUAUAUUACCCUGUCUUAAGUGUGUUCAAUAUAAAUUUGGUUCAAAACGAAGGUUACCUAAAAUACUUAAAAUUUUAAAAAACUGUAGGGAGCCACCUUAACUUGAUUAAAAUUAAUGAUGAAAUGUGCAGUUCUGACAACAUUCGUGAAUUAACCAAUCAGAGAAUCGCUACUCCACGCUAUUGAAAAUAACAACAUAUGUGAACAGAAUUUCAUACAGGACUUUUUCGAUAAAAUAUACGAAAUUUAAAAUGGAAAACCCGCUAAACAGAGAGCCAAAGUAGUUUUGAAGAUUCUCGACCUGAAUAUGUGAAGAUUGCGAAGCGUUUGGUCAACUUUGAAGCGAGAGAUGUUGUACUUGCAUGCCAUGGUCUGAUGAAUUUCAACGCUACACGUUGCUACUUGCUGAAUAGCAAUGUAUCGAUCAGAAAUUUAUUCAUACAACUGAACCAACGUGUCAGUAAUUGGAAACUUACUUCAAAGUCGAAAGGUAACGUACAAUGAAUCUUUACAAUUCGAGUAUAUUUGUAAAAUUAUGUGCAAGAAUUUUUGUUCAGAAUUUCCGGUGCAGGAUUGUCUGAUCCUGCACGGCUGUUGACCAAUCAAAUUGCGUGUUUCACUGUAGUUAUUAUAUAAUGAAUGUUCUGAAUAUGUGUGCACUCAUUUUAAUAUGCAAAACUCAUCAACUCUUUUACAUACAUCAGAAGAAAAGAAAUUCCACGUAAAAAGGCAAGUGUAAUCCGUCCUUAAAAUGAUGUUACAUUCAACUCAAAUUUCGCCUAAUAUGACAUCGUGAUUUUAAUUUAUCUAGCAUUGAUAUUUAAAUUAAUAAAUUUAAUUAUAAACAUUUCAAAGAUAAGAACAGGAGGAUCUCCUGCGUCCAUGUAAGCUUUAGAGCUGCAAACUGGAUUCAGGACUUGGCUCUCGAAUUGACCAUGCCACAUACCACUUUAAAUGUGACGAGACCAUGUGGAAUACCUUUAAUUAAUACUGGACUAACUGUUCUUUGUCACCUGAUUCAGUCAUAUUUUUUUAUUUUGCAUCUAGCUGUAGAGGCAACAGAAUCACCACACAGAACUGUAAAAACAACAGAUGUAGCAAAUGAUGAGAUCGACAGCAAAGGAAACGAUAAUUCGUACAUGAACCUGAUCUUUUGGAUGUUGCUCGGCGUUUUAUUUGUACUGUUCAUUGGGAUAGGUAAUUGACGACGUAAUUCUACUUUUUGUGAAUAGCACAAAGUUGUGGUGGCUUUGAUUAAGCGAUGAGUUCGCUCUUACUGUACCUGAUAAAUUGAAGUGAAUGAAACAUUUCUUUUCUUAAACAUUAGUACUCAAAAUUUUUUAAAAUUUUCCAGCUACACUUAACAGUCAAAUAUAGGGCAACUUAUUGUGCAAUGCUAUACGUGCAUGUACUAUACAUGGUUCUUGAUCCAAGGUGUCGUUUCCAUUGUAAACAAAUCUCCGCUUGACGUAGGAUUAAAUUUCUCCACGUCAAAAAUGCUUAGGUUAGCGUUGAGCUUGGAAUGACAGCCCUGAUGGAGAACCUUUUGGGAUCAGAAAGUAUUCGUUGGUUUUGUUAUGAAUCACAAUUUGACAUCCUUAUAUGCACUUAUCCUUCGUAUUAUCAGAAAAUAGAAUAAUUAACUUUUUUUCAUUUUAGUUGUAGCCAUUAUAAUCAUACGGAAGAGACGGACAUCUAAAUAUAGAUUGUAUGUCAAAAGAAAGAAUCGGGUACGUUAUAGUUUAACUUUUGUGUCGAAAUAUAAGCAUGAUAUACUGGCUAGCUUAAAUUAACCAAGGUAUAAAUUUAUCGCAAUAUUACUCAGAGAAAACUGUCAAAUAUUAUAGUAUUUACGUUCUCACAUGUCAUCCGGACAUGCGUCUGUCCUGUUUUAGGAACCGUGCGUAUUAAAGGCGGAACGUAAGGGCGGCGGUGAAAAGGACGUUGUCAUGAAAUAA